AUGAUCAGGGCUGACGAUUCAAGUGUCAAGCAACAUUCGUUUAGUAAAACUUUCAUACAGUCGUUACUGAUACAUAAUAAAACAGAAAAUGGCGUGUCCACGCAGAAGGAGCAUGCUAACAAUAACAACACUGCCGACUUGGUGGUUGAUCAUGAUGAUGAUGAUGAUAGCGACGAUGAUGCAAACGUGAAGCAGCCGCAGAAAGGUGUUCUUUUGUAUGAUGUAAAUAAGAGGACCUUGGCGGAAGCCUCUAGCAGUGAUGUAGUUGUGGAUGGUGGAAGUAUUGAUGCAGAAUCUGGUGUUUGUGAUAAUAUUGCUGAUGAAAAUGUGCACAUGAAUCUUAAUGGUACUGACGGUACUGUCAGUACAGUGCAAAUGCCAUAUGGCAGACAGAAAAAAGGAGUCAACUUUCCAAAGGGUUCACUUAUUUCCAGCUAUUUGGAACCACCAGACCCAUGGAAAAAUGCAUGUCCAUGGACAACGAGUGAGUUGGUAUCUGCUUACAAGAAAAGUUGUGAAAUAAAUGGAGCAAAGCCCAUUGCUAAAUUAAUACAACAGCUGCAAACAUUUAGUCCUGCAAACAGCCGUGAAGAGAUUCUAAGUUUAAAAGGAGAGAAACUUGAUCAGAAGCAGUGUGAGUGCUUAGAAGAAAUCCUAAAGAGGGUGCGGUUUAAGCUGCUGGACUUUGAAGCCAGUCAUCUUGAUGAUGAGACACCAGAGUUGAACUACCUGGACUUGAGGAACUGUGACCUGAAUGAACGUACAAUUCCUAUCUUUGGGAGGGCAUUAAAACUGGGCUGUCACCUCACGAUUCUUCACAUGGAAAAUAUGAACUUGUCUGGCAGGCCACUCAUCAUUUUAGUGGCUGCAUUAAAAAUGAAUGAAACACUACAAGAGCUGUUUCUGGCCGACAACAAGCUGCUGCCUACUGAUGGGAUCCAACUUGGUAACCUACUGCAUUACAAUCAUAAACUGGCUCUUUUAGAUCUCCGCAAUAAUCAUCUUCAGGAUGUUGGUACAAGUCAUAUUUGUGAAGGACUCACCGAACAGAACAAGGGGUCUGGGCUGCGGACUUUAGUGCUGUGGAAUAAUUCUAUAAACUACCAGGCCAUGUCUGUCCUUGGAAGAGCUUUAGCAUCCAGCCAGAACAUGGAAACCCUUAAUAUUGGGCACAAUGCUAUCACCAAUGAAGGAGUUCACCUCUUGAAGGAUGGACUGAUACGAGUGAGUUCAUUGCUGCGGCUUGGGCUGCAAGGGACUAGGAUUUCUGAUGAAGGUGCUGUAGCCUUAGCAGAAUACAUCGCAGAGAGCAUGGUGUUACUCCGCAUAGAUCUUAGAGACAAUGAUAUCAAAACUGGUGGUCUCAUGGCCCUGUCGCACGCUAUGAGGGUCAAUACAUCAGUUACAAGGAUAGACCUGGAUAAGGAUCCAAAGAAAGAUCCGGGCAUUAAAGACUAUGUUGAGCAGCAGACCCGACUCUUGAGGGACAUAUUAACAUUCCAGCAGCGGAAUGUUCAGCUAGCACUCCAAAAGGAGGAGGAGAAAAGUCGCCUGACUGUGAAGGCAGUGGCAGAACUGGCCAUUGCCAAGAAAGAAGCAGAAAAUGAGCAUCAGGUUGGACAUUUGCCAGCUAAUUCCAGCACCGAGUCGUUUACAUUGAUUGAU